UACGCUAAAACCGGCAGUAACUAAGCCACAAGUUCCCAAACAUCCACUCAACGAGGAACUGUCUUGCAGUCUGUCCAGCUUAAACUUCGAAACGCCCAUUUGCAGCCAUGUUUUCGCUUGCGUUUGUAGUAUUGACCGUCGUAGGCUUGGUGGCCAGUCAACCUCCGCCACCGGAUGCGUCCUGCUUUCAGCCAACAGCGCUGACGGCCGAGGACUGCUGCAAGCUGCCGAAAGCCGUCGACCCUGCCGUGAUGGACAAAUGUAAGGCGGAUAAUCCGCGACCGAGUCAAAUGCCGGCUCCGGGUGUUCCUCGUACGGAGGGUUGCUGCAUAAUACAGUGCGCCAUGACGGAAACGGGUGGAUUCGUGAACAACGCACUCAACACUGACGCGAUCAAGAAGGCGAUGGCCACCACGAUCGGUGCGGAUCCAAACUUUGGUUCGCAAAUCAACGGAGCCAUCGACAGCUGUGCCCGCCAGAUCCAGAACGAUCCGGCGUACAGUGUUGCACCGAUCUCGUCUUCACCGGAUCGUGCUGGUUGUAGCUUCAUUCCCCAGGGCUUUGUUAACUGUGUGUACACGACGCUGUUCAAGAGCUGUCCCGCUGCUGUUUGGACCGAGAGCAGCGACUGCCAGGCGUUGAAGACGAAGCUCGAUAAUGGAUGUCCGUACUUCCUGCUGAUGGGCCGUGGUCCGCGACAGUAAGGCAUCACGGAACCCGGUACACGGAGACGGCCACUGAUGCUUGCCCUUGAUUGAUUACCAUUUGUGUGUGUGUUUGUUUUUGUGUUUAGGCAUCUUCUUGCCGCUACAAUAAAUUGAUUGCAAUGCAGAUAUA